AUGACCUUGCAGCCGCAGUACCCAGACAUCCCCUGCUACAUGCCCGACCGUGACAUUGUCGUGCCUCCCUUUAUUGGUGGCCAGAUACCCAUGGUGUCGCCCUUCACUGGCAACAGAACCAUGCGAGCCAUCUUCCGCUUCUCACCCCGGCAGAACCACAAGGCGCCCCUCGUGCACCAAGGCCACUACUUACGCCCCGAGCUGCUCCGUAUGUACGGGCGGAGCCGCAUCAAAGGGUGGAGCUUCACAGCGAGGGGGGAGAAGCAGACGAACAAGGAGUGGCAGCUGGGUGUGUUCUGCAUCUGCCCGCCCGGCCACUCCCAGUGGACCAGCCGCCCCUUCAAGGCGCUCAUUUCAGGGUGCAUCCCAGUAACAUUCUUCCGCGACCACGACAAUCCCUGGGACGAUGAGCUGGACUACUCCUCCUUCUCCAUCAACAUCGAUCCGGACGACAUUGCUUCGCUGCGCUCCCGCCUCGAGACCGCUCCUGUGGAGCAGCUGCAGCGCGGCGUGGAGAGAGUGCAGACCCCCUAUACACAAGGGGCAGACUAG